UGUUCACACGGAAACAAGCCGCGAUCACGCAGUAGUGGUGUCCGACAGCAUCGCACCGUUCGUUACACUGGUUGUACAGCCAAAGUGCACGCCUUACUGGCGAGGUUAGGCAAGCGAUACUACAUCCAUGUUCGUUCCAGUGGUUGCCAUAACCACAACGUGGACGGAAAUGUAUGGAACUACUAUGCUGAGAACCGGACAAUUCAUGAUCCAGCGAUUCUCGCCACAAUGUCCGACAUGGCUUCGGCUGGGGCCACGCCAAAGGGGAUACUUGCAUGGUUUCGGAAGAAGACAGAGAAGAAGACUAAGCUCAAGGACGUGCACAACAUGCUCCAGGACCUAAAGAAAGCUGACAAACGGAAUAUGUCGGACGUGAAGCGAACGGAAAGUAUUCUGGAAGAGUUCACAAGUGAGCAUGAAGGCAACACGGCGCAGAUAUUUGUCGACAAGGCGAGAGGCGUGGAUGUAGCUGUGACGCUUCAAUCCGCCGGGAUGAAGCGAUUGUUUGCAGCAUUUCCUGAAGUUCUGAUGGUGGAUAGUACCCAUGACACCAACUGCAAUGGCUACAAGCUUUUUAGCUUUAUCGUGCAUGACUGCUUUGGAAAGGUAAACGAAUAA